UUGUGUGUCGUGUGCAUGCGUAGUGCGUAGUCGCUAGUCUUGUGUUUAUCAUUAAUCAAGUCAAAAGUCAGUUCCAUACUUCCACAUGUAAUAUUUUGAUAAGGUUGUUCUACGGAGAAAAGGUCGAAUUUUCAUUAGUUUUUAAGUGUAUAUUAGUGAAUAAUAAAAAUAUAAUGGCAUUCAGACCAUUAACAGAAGCUGAAUGUGGUCAAGCAAAUCCUUUGUCGAGAUUAACUUCUCAUAUUACCCAUGAUCAUACAUUUUCUGAGAGUCAUGGACAAGUGUUUCAAAGCAGCUCUGACCAAUUGGUUGAACAGUUUCUACAAGAAUCCAGAGCUGUACCUCAAACGUUUAGGAUGGAUGAUUUGAUGAGAGAAAUGCAUGAAAUUGAGUCUCAAAGGUCAGCUCUACCGCCCAUUCCUGCAUCAACAGUCAAAGAUCAGUUACAUGAUAAUUCUUGGGCACUACAAUAUAUUGAAGAUGGAAAACGGUUUAACGUAAGAAUUGUUUUAUUUAUCCCAAAUAUAUUAAGUAGAGAGCAUUUUUGCACCAAAUCUGUAGAAGCCCAGGAAUGGACAAACGAAUAUUUCAGAACUGAAGGAAAAGGUGACGAAACUGAUAAACUGAAAUCCAUAGCUGCAGAUUGGGCUAAUGAACAUUUGAGAUCCAAAGAGGAAGAAUUUAACUCAAGUUUUUGGGAUCAGUUGCAAGAAGAAAUGAAGAAAGUAUCCAACUCUGAUACUGACUCAACCCAGCCAUGGAUUGACGAAUUUAAUUCUUACUACAAUACUCCCCAAAAGGAGUAUGAAUUUAGUGAAGACAAUCCAAUGUUAGAUGUAAUAAAACCAUUAGAGAGAGGCAAACAAUUUUUAGAAGAAGGAGAUUUUCCUAGUGCUGUAUUAUGUUUUGAAGCAGCAGCAAAAAAAGAACCUGAAAAUGUUGAGGCUUGGUUGUUGCUUGGUACGACUCAAGCUGAAAAUGAGCAGGAUCCAGUUGCAAUAGCAGCAUUGAACAGGUGUCUCCAGCUGGACCCCACUAACCUCAAUGCACUGAUGGCUCUUGCCAUUAGUUACACCAAUGAAAGUUAUUACAACCAGGCAUGUCAAAUGCUAUUGAAUUGGUUGAAGAACAACACGAAAUACAACGAUUUGGUGCCGCCGAAUUUGACACUAUCCGGGCAAGUUACAAGUUUGUUAGUUCCAGACGAUCACAAGAUAGUGCAAGAAUUAUUUAUUAAAGCUGCUCAGCGGCAUCCUCAAGACGUUGAUUAUGAAGUACAAUGUGGAUUAGGCGUUUUAUUUAAUCUGACAGGAGAACACACAAAAGCCGCAGAUUGUUUUUCGGCCGGUCUUUCUGUUCGACCAGAUGAUGCUAGAUUGUGGAAUAGGUUAGGAGCAACUUUAGCAAAUGGUUCUAAACCAGAAGAAGCGGUAGAUGCAUACCACCACGCAUUAAAUAUAUCACCUGGUUUUAUUAGAGCGAGGUAUAAUGUAGGAAUAACCUGUAUAAAUUUGAAUGCUUACCGGGAAGCUGCAGAGCAUUUCUUGAUAGCUCUAAAUCAGCAGGCUAGAGGUAAAGAUGUAUCAAACUCAGGUUCUGUAUCCCAAAUGUCAGACACUAUUUGGACUACUCUCCGUAUGUGUAUUUCUCUAAUGAACAGAGGUGAACUCAAGUCUGCGGUAGAUAAAAGGGAUUUGAAAGAAUUAAAUAAAGCAUUUUUUAUUGACUAAAGAAUCAAUAAUAUAUGAUCAUCACAUGAAAUUGAAAAGGUGGAAUUUUGAAAUAAAUAAAAUUGUUAUUUUUUUACAGAUUGUAUUGAUAGCAAAAUUAUUCAUUUUGAAUAAAUUAUCAAUU